CACACCCUGGACCCCCUUGCUCUCCAUGAACAUCAGGGCGUGAGGCUGUUAUAAGGCACUUGGUUUCCCCUCUCUCCUGCCCCCCCCCCUGCGCCCCUUGACCACUUCCACCAUGGAUCAAGACUACGAAAGACGCCUUCUCCGCCAAAUCAACAUACAGAACGAAAACAUGAUGCCUUGCGUCGCCGACAUGAGGAGGACCCUGACGCCUUCGAAUUCCCCCGUGUCGUCUCCCAGCAAGCACGGCGACAGGUUCAUCCCAUCCCGAGCCGGGGCAAAUUGGAGCAUCAGUUUCCACAGGAUAAACGAAAACGAAAAGUCCCCGAGUCAAAACAGAAAAGCGAAGGACGCGACUUCAGACAAUGGCAAAGAUGGCCUUGCGUACUCGGCCUUGCUAAAGAACGAGCUCUUGGGAGCUGGGAUCGAGAAGGUUCAGGACCCCCAGACGGAAGACAGGAGGCUGCAGCCCUCCACGCCGGAAAAGAAGAGCCUUUUCACGUACUCCCUCACCACGAAACGCUCCAGCCCGGACGAUGGCAACGAGGUCUCCCCCUAUUCUCUCUCUCCCGUCAGCAACAAAAGCCAAAAGCUGCUACGGUCCCCUCGGAAGCCCACGAGGAAAAUCUCCAAGAUCCCCUUCAAAGUAUUGGAUGCCCCGGAACUGCAAGACGACUUCUACCUAAAUCUGGUCGACUGGUCGUCCCUUAACGUUCUCAGCGUCGGACUCGGGACCUGUGUCUACCUGUGGAGUGCCUGUACCAGCCAGGUGACCCGGCUGUGCGACCUGUCCGUGGAAGGCGAUUCCGUCACCUCCGUCGGGUGGUCAGAGCGGGGCAACUUGGUGGCGGUCGGGACCCACAAGGGCUUUGUGCAGAUCUGGGACGCCGCGGCCGGCAAGAAGCUCUCCAUGCUGGAAGGGCACACGGCCAGAGUGGGUGCCCUGGCUUGGAACGCGGACCAGCUCUCUUCCGGCAGCCGGGACCGGAUGAUCCUGCAGAGAGACAUCCGGACGCCCCCCAUUCAGUCCGAGCGUCGCCUCCAAGGCCACAGGCAGGAGGUCUGCGGGCUCAAGUGGUCCACCGACCACCAGCUCCUCGCGUCCGGCGGGAACGACAACAAGCUCCUCGUGUGGAACCACUCCAGCCUCAGCCCGGUCCAGCAGUACACAGAGCACCUUGCGGCCGUCAAGGCGAUCGCCUGGUCCCCCCACCAGCACGGGCUGCUGGCUUCCGGCGGAGGGACGGCGGACCGCUGCAUACGUUUCUGGAACACGCUCACCGGGCAGCCUCUGCAGUGCAUCGACACCGGGUCGCAAGUCUGCAACCUCGCCUGGUCCAAGCACGCCAACGAGCUGGUGAGCACUCACGGAUACUCUCAGAACCAGAUCCUCGUCUGGAAAUACCCGUCCUUGACUCAAGUUGCAAAGCUAACCGGGCAUUCUUAUAGAGUCCUCUACCUGGCGAUGUCACCCGACGGAGAGGCCAUCGUGACGGGCGCCGGGGACGAGACGCUGAGGUUUUGGAACGUCUUCAGCAAAACCCGCUCCACCAAGGAGUCUUGUGUCGGUCCUUAACCUCUUCACCCGGAUACGGUAGAAAAAAAAAACAGGGACCACG